GUGUCUUUGACAAAUUUCGGUAGGCACUAAACCUUUGUUCCUUUUUACAAAAGGACAAUGGGACCAUAUGCAUUUGUCCAACAGACCACUAUGUUUCAAGAAACAUUCGCUGAUUGUUUCUAAUAUAUACCUGACUGGUAGCAGUGAAUGUGUUAAAAGGUGUUAAGCGCGAGAGCCACGGUGGGAGUUGAGUUGCGUUUGGAGAGAGGGGAGUACUGAGGAGAGGACUAGAAAAGAAACGAGACAGGAAAGAAGAGAGGGGGAGAAUUAGGAAAUCAGCAAUAGUAUUUAUUUUGUCUACGUAACGUGACGUUUUCCGAUCGUUUUUACACACGUUCGUAGCAGCACGAGGACGGAGACAACGAAGAGCCGCGUGGAAGAUUUUUUCUUUGUACUCAAGAUAAUUGUGUCGGCUACGGCUGGUAUACAGGAGACCCCUUUUAAGCAGAAUCCAAAGCUUCCCCAACAGUUUAUUUGAUGAUAUUUUUUGUUUGGAUAACCCAGUGAACCAAAUGCCAUGGUCUUUUACAAGAAAGGGAACAGUAACGCACUAGAGAGACGGUUGGACUAGUUGCUUUUUCUAACUACUCCAUUGGAAUCACUGCCGCUUUAGAAACCACCAACACGGCGGCGAGCAACAAUAAGCAGCGCGUCUAAAAUUCGACUCUCCGGCUAUUCUUCAGCGGACCAGCCAUGGCUGCGGUAACCAGCCCAGAGACGAGUCCUCAACCCCGGGUAUAUUUUCAGACCACAGCCGCGGGGUCCACCGAAGAACCAGAGACCCCUGUUCGGAAACAAGGGCGAGUUACCGUAAAAUAUGACCGGAAAGAACUAAGAAAGAGACUCAAUCUGGAGGAAUGGAUAAUUGGUCAGCUAACGGAUCUUUACGACUGUGAGGAGGAGUCCAUCCCAGAGUUGGAGAUAGAUGUGGAUGAGCUGUUAGACAUGCCCAGUGAUAAUGACCGUGGAGCCAGAGUGAAGGAUCUGUUGGUAGACUGUUACAAGCCUUCUGAGGACUUUGUCACUGAGUUGCUGGAUAAGAUAAGGGGCAUGCAGAAACUCAGCACACCCCAGAAGAAAUGAUGUCACCUGUAUUUCCGGUCCCACCCACCCUCUCACACCCCUAAAUACAGCCCCCCACCUCCUACUGCACCUCCACUCACCCUGUGGAGGAAUAGGAGAUUCUUCACCCUCCAGUCAAAAAGGAGGAAGCGGGGAGAGGUCAAUACACAGAGCGGGAGAACGAGAGUGGUGGAAAGACGGAGAGAGCAGAGAAGACAAGAUGAUUUAGGAGGACUGAAGCAGCCAAUCAGAUCUAAGCCGGGCUUAUGAUGUCAUUUCCAGUCGUUUUUUUGCUUUAUUUUAUUGUCAUCUUAUUUAAAGGUGUUUUAGAGUCUUCACAAGUGAUCAGUUUAUAGGUCACAGUAUCACACUUAUUUUGUCUAUCUUUAUUUUUUUCAAAGGGUAAUUCGAAAUGAUCCGUCGUGUGUCGUAACCUGUUGCAGUUAACUUGUCAUACUAUGAUGUGUGUUUAGUGGAUGUCAGCCCAGGAUAGAUCUUCAUGUUCAGUACUGGGUUAGGAUGUGCCCUCUUCAUGUUCAGUACUGGGUUAGGAUGUGCCCUCUUCAUGUUCAGUACUGGGUUAGGAUGUGCCCUCUUCAUGUUCAGUACUGGGUUAGGAUGUGCCCUCUUCGUGUUCAGUAGUGGGUUAGGAUGUGCCCUCUUCAUGUUCAGUACUGGGUUAGGAUGUGCCCUCUUCGUGUUCAGUACUGGGUUAGGAUGUGCCCUCUUCAUGUUCAGUACUGGGUUAGGAUGUGCCCUCUUCGUGUUCAGUACUGGGUUAGGAUGUGCCCUCUUUGUGUUCAGUAGUGGGUUAGGAUGUGCCCUCUUCAUGUUCAGUACUGGGUUAGGAUGUGCCCUCUUCGUGUUCAGUACUGGGUUAGGAUGUGCCCUCUUCGUGUUCAGUACUGGGUUAGGAUGUGCCCUCUUUGUGUUCAGUAGUGGGUUAGGAGGUGCCCUCUUCGUGUUCAGUACUGGGUUAGGAUGUGCCCUCUUCGUGUUCAGUACUGGGUUAGGAUGUGCCACCUUUGAUCAGGGCUCUGAUCCGAACAAGUGCGCCAACUUUGACAAGGGAAGUGUGUUUUCAGGUUGGGACUGAUAUCUGAACCACAUAUUUACACACAGCUCUGUGUGUGUGAGUGUUUGUGGUCUUGAGACACACACACACUCACACAAACGCUGGUGGACUUGAACAAAGGGGCCUUGUUUCUAGUUGUCUUUUCUGUUGUAGCUCUGGCUGUUCCCCUAACGUAGCGUUCAUCACGUUACGGGCUUCUUCAGAGCCCCGCUCCCCCCAACCCACUGUCACGGCUGUCUGAAGUAGUGUACUGUAGUGUUGAUGCUUUUUACCACAGUCCUGAUGGCUGUCUGCUUGGGUUCACUCUAUCCAAACACACACACACACACACACCGCCCUCAGGAAACAGCAGAAAUACAGUCACAGACCACAGCUGCUGCUUCUUCUCACACGCGCACUGGUGUUCGCUCUCCAACACAGAGGACGAGUGAAUGAGGGGAUUGGAGGUCUUUCUCUUUGGGGCUUGGCUGCCUCACAAGGCAUCAGUGUUGCCUGCAGCAAUGCUGCUCCUCUCUCCUCCCCCCAUCUCUCUCACCCCUUUCUCCUCCCCCCAUCUCUCUUGCGUUUUCUACUCCCCCCAUCUCUCUUGCGUUUUCUACUCCUGUGUAUUUUUCUACCCCUCUCUUUCCCACUCUCUCUGCCUCACUCCAUUUUCUACUUCAAACAAUCGACACAGACCAUCCCUGCAUCCCCCUCUCUUUUUAAUAACUAACGUUGCCUUAGGUCUUCAUCUAUGACACAAACCAAAUAAAAGAAGACAUUCUUUAUUUAAAGGAACAAUUUUUAAAACAACAAAACGACACAAUGUUCAUUCGUGUUUUUCCUCUUUGGAAAAAAAAAAAAAAAA